AUGCAGAAAAUGGAGACUCUAUCAUCUUUGAGAAUUUUUAAAACUAUUCUCAUAAUACUGUCGCUUGUAUUGCUUUUCAAUAUUCCCACUCAGGCACAAGGUCUACUUUACAAGCUAAGACCCAUUCAACAUGACUUAGCUGCUUCAAAGAUUGGGGAACCAGCUACAACUAAACCGUACGACUAUAUAUUGAAAUUUCUAAGUUCUUCAAGUUUUCCAAGUCGGGCAUCGUUUCCAUCUGAUUUUUUGUUUGGUACCGGAUCUUCUGCCCUUCAGAUUGAAGGGGCAGGUCAUGAAGGAGGAAGAGGACUUGGUAUAUGGGAUGAUAUAGUUAAUCAACACAAAGAUGUGUAUGGAGAUGUUGAUAAGUUUCCUAAAAAGAUUGAACAUUACAAGCGAUAUAAGGAGGAUGUACAACUUUUGAAGAGACUUGGAGUAAAUUCUUAUAGAAUGUCUAUUUCUUGGAGUAGAGUGAUGCCAAAUGGGACUUUGGAAGGAGGUAUAAACAAAGAAGGUAUCAACUUCUACAAUAAUUUGAUCAAUGAGUUACUUGAAAAUGGUAUUGAACCUUUUGUGACUAUCCUUCACUUUGAUUAUCCAUUGGCUCUUAAACAAAAGUUUGGUGGCUUCUUAAAUCACUCAAUUGUAAAACAUUACAAAGAUUAUAGUGAGCUCCUAUUCAAAACAUAUGGAGAUCGAGUGAAAUAUUGGACAACUAUCAAUGAGGUUGAAGUCACAUCUAUAUUUCAAUACAUGUUAAACAUCGAUAAUAUCUCUACCGACGAGGAAUGUAAAACUACUAGAAAAUGUACACUAUCAUACACUUUACUUCAUAAUUUCCUCCUUGCCCAUGCUUCGACAUCAAAGUUAUACAGAACAAAAUUUCAGGCAAUACAAGGGGGAGAAAUUGGACUUGUUCUUUCUUCAGGAUGUUAUGUUCCCUAUAGUUCUAAACUAGAGGAUGUGGCUGCUACUCAAAGACUGAUGGAUUUCUAUUGGGGAUGGAUUUUAGAUCCAGUGUUUCAUGGAAAUUACCCAAAAAUAAUGAGAAAGCUAGUGGGAAAUAGACUACCCAAAUUCACUAAAAAGGAGAAAAAAAUGUUAAAAGGAAGCACAAAUUUUAUUGGCAUCAAUUAUUAUACCUCUCACUUUGCUAUAUAUGAACCAAAUAGAACCAAAUCUAUUGGUGACAGUUAUGAUGCUUUGGCUCGGUCGGAAGUUUUUAACGAAGAAGGAAAACCCCUUGGUUACAAGGAUCAAUACGCUUGGAACUAUGUUUAUCCAGAAGGAUUAUAUAAUAUGUUACUCUAUAUUAAGGACAAGUACAAAAAUCCCAAAGUGUACAUCACUGAAAAUGGUGUUGCUUCUACCAAAAUCCCAAAUCCAUUGAAGGACGAGCACCGAAUUGCUUAUAUUGCCGCACAUAUAAACGCUACAAAAGCCGCAAUUGACGAUGGCGCAAACGUUCGCGGUUAUUUUGCAUGGGCAGCAUUUGAUACAUUUGAAUUUCAAGCAGGCUAUUCUGGAAAUUGGGGACUUUAUCAUGUUGAUUUUAAUGAUAAUCUCAAGCGUAUACCAACUGACGCAGCUAAAUGGUAUAGAAAAUAUUUGACACAUGAUUUGAGAGACUAA